GUGUAGCAAUUUUUUUAUAUUUUAAUUGUUUCACGAAGUUUAACCCUUCGGUAACAAACCAUCAUUGCUUCUUUGUGAUAUAACAUAGAAACUAUUUGAGUAACAACUGAAAGUCGCCUCAGCGAUAUUUUCUCUUUGGUUGACGUUGGUUGGUAACACAAUUGUAUUAUGGCCGUCGGCCGCCAUACUACGCAUGUGUUGAUUGUGGUUGAUCCAUGCGUGAUAGCGAAGAAUGUGCUAAGGUUUUGUUACUACAAUUUGAAAGAGACCGAGUGCUCUUGUGAGGACUAAUUUGAGUGUUUCUGUCACGAUAACGUAUAUAAUUUUAUUGAGCCUUAAAAGAUUCUGUUUUUCGUAAUGGCGAAUUUCAGUGACGAUAUUUUUAAUGUUUUCGAAGAAGACAAUGCAGCUUCUACCGAUACACCGUGUGUGGAUGUUAAAGAAGAAUCUCCAGUAAUGGUAAUAGAUUCGGGGGACAUAGAAUCACCUACCAGAAAUUCUAAUACAAUCUUAUCAAAACGGGAACAUGAUGACAACAGUGAAAUUGGUGGAAAGAGAGCUAAGACGGAAUCAAUAUUAGAUGAUAUCAAUAUUGAUGAACUUCGGACCAGAAUAAAAAUACACACAGUAGAAACAUUAGAGGCAUGUGUACAUGAAGUAGCAGUUCCUCCAGAUGCUGAAUAUAUACCAUUGAAAGCAAAUUCUGGAAAAGCUGCAAAAGAAUACAAGUUCAUCCUUGAUCCAUUUCAAAAAGAGGCAAUCUUGUGCAUUGAUAAUAAUCAGUCAGUACUUGUUUCAGCUCAUACUUCUGCUGGCAAAACUGUUGUUGCAGAGUACAGCAUAGCCAUGUCUCUGCGUGAUAAGCAGCGUGUGAUAUACACAACUCCUAUCAAGGCAUUGAGCAAUCAAAAAUAUCGUGAGUUUCAUGAGGAAUUCAGAGAUGUUGGUUUAGUGACGGGAGAUGUCACUAUAAAUCCAUCUGCUAGUUGUCUUAUCAUGACAACAGAGAUCUUGCGAAAUAUGCUUUACCGAGGUUCUGAAGUAAUGAGGGAAGUUGGUUGGGUUGUAUUUGAUGAAAUACAUUAUAUGAGAGAUAAAGAACGUGGUGUCGUCUGGGAGGAAACUUUGAUUCUUCUUCCAGAUAAUGUUCACUAUGUGUUCCUGUCAGCCACAAUUCCUAAUGCUCGUCAGUUUGCUGAGUGGGUUGCACAUCUUCAUCAUCAACCAUGCCACGUUGUGUAUACUGACUAUCGACCUGUUCCACUGCAGCAUUAUAUUUUUCCUGCUGGAGGGGAUGGAAUUCAUCUGGUUGUGGAUGAGCGUGGCCAGUUCAAGGAAGAUAACUUCAACAAGGCCAUGACUGUCCUGCAGAAUGCAGGAGAUGCAGCAAAAGGAGACCAAAAAGGACGUCGAGGUGGUUUCAAAGGAGAAACUAACAUAUACAAGAUUGUGAAAAUGAUAAUGGAACGCCAGUUUGCUCCUGUAAUAAUAUUCAGCUUCAGUAAAAAAGAUUUUGAAGAAAAAAAAUUAGUUGAUGAAGUAUUCAACAAUGCAAUGGAUGUUCUUUCCGAACAAGAUAGAAAACUACCUCAGGUGGAAAAUGUUUUACCUUUGUUGCGUCGAGGGAUAGGAAUUCAUCAUGGUGGUUUAUUGCCUAUUUUGAAAGAAACCAUUGAAAUAUUGUUUGCUGAAGGUCUAAUCAAGGCAUUGUUUGCAACAGAAACCUUUGCUAUGGGUUUGAAUAUGCCUGCCCGCACUGUACUUUUCAGUGCUCCUCGUAAAUUUGAUGGGAAAGAUUUUAGAUUUUUAACGUCUGGAGAAUACAUUCAGAUGUCAGGUCGAGCAGGUCGCAGAGGUUUGGACGAAAAAGGAAUAGUGAUUUUAAUGAUAGAUGAGAAGGUCAGUCCAGCAGCUGGUCGUGAGCUAGUUAAAGGAUUGCCAGAUCCAAUAAAUUCAGCAUUUCACUUAACUUAUAAUAUGGUUCUGAAUUUGUUACGUGUGGAAGAAAUUAAUCCAGAAUAUAUGCUAGAACGGAGCUUUUUUCAAUUCCAAAACCAGUCAUCAAUACCCAUAUUAUAUGAAAAAGUGCAGAAACUUCAAGAAAAACUUGAAAAAAUGAUAAUCCCCAAGGAAUCCCAAGUAGCGUCCUACCAUAGAAUAAGAGAACAAUUAGACGAACUAGGAAAGCAAUUUCAAACUUUCAUCACAAAACCUGAAUAUCUUAUACCAUUUUUGCAGCCUGGCAGAUUGGUUAAGGUGAAGACAGAGAAUGAAGAAUAUGAUUGGGGUGUUAUCAUCAACUUUAAGAAACAAAGCAAUGACGAAGGAAAGAAACGAAAUCCUGCAAAAAGUGCUCCAACUUUGCUGGUAGAUGUCUUGCUACAUGUUAUUGGUGAGAAAGAGAGUGCCAAAUUUAUCGUUGGUGGAAGUGCGCCAACACCAUGUCCUCCAGGUCAAACAGGCGAUGUAGAAGUUGUGCCUGUUCAACACAAUUUCCUUCAUAACAUUUCAUCACUUCGGAUACAUUAUCCAAAAGAUUUAAGACCACUAGAUAACAGGAAGUAUAUUCUUAAAACAAUCCAGGAAGUGAAAAAACGGUUUGAGAAAGGCAUUCCUCUUCUUAAUCCUGUUAAAGAUAUGCAUAUUAAAGAUCCUGUAUUUUUAGACGUUGUGAAGAGAAUAGAACAGUUUGAAGAAAGAUUGUACGAACAUCCCCUACAUAAUAGUGUAGAGAUGGAAGAUAUUUAUCCCAAGCAUUUGGCCAAAGUUGAGGUAGAGAAAACUCUAAAAAUAGCCAAGCAAGAUCUUAAGAAAGCAAAGUCUUUGUUGCAAAUGGAUGAAUUGAAAUGUCGUAAAAGAGUUUUGCGAAGACUUGGAUAUUGUACAGUAGCCGAUGUGAUUGAAAUGAAAGGCCGUGUUGCUUGUGAACUCAGCAGUGGAGAUGAACUUUUGAUGACAGAACUUAUUUUCAAUAACCUUUUCAAUGAUCUGAAUGUACCUCAAUGCGUCGCUUUAUUAAGUUGUUUUGUAUGUGACGAGAAGGCAAAUGAAAUGCCAAAAUUGUCAGAAGAACUCUCUGGACCUCUCAGGCAAAUGCAGGAAAUUGCUCGGCGAAUAGCACGUGUUAGUGUAGAGGCCAAGCUUGAUGUGGAUGAAGCAAAUUAUGUGGAACAGUUUAAGCCAUUUUUAAUGGAUGUUAUUCACGCUUGGUGUAAAGGAGCAUCAUUUCUCCAAAUAUGCAAAAUGACAGAUAUUUUUGAGGGGAGUAUUAUUCGCUGUAUGAGGCGACUUGAAGAAAUCCUUCGUCAGUUAUGCCAAGCUGCAAAAAAUAUUGGCAAUACAGACUUAGAAAAUAAAUUCAGUGAAGGCAUAAAAUUGAUUAAGAGAGAUAUUGUUUUUGCUGCUAGUUUAUACUUGUAAAACUAGAAGCCAUUCUUCCAUGGAAGAAUGCUGAGUGAAUGACAGGAAAAUGGAAUUGAAUGUUGUAUUUUAUUUGUAAAUACGUGAAAUUUUCUAAACAAGUGUGUAUUUUGUGAAUAAAUAAAGAAAUACUUAAUAUCAG